UUUUACAUCUCAGAUUUUUAGGUCUCAGUGGAUAUUCAGGUAUGUCCUAAGCCCUUUUCCAGGGGGACUUCCCUCUCUCAUAGAUACUAUAUUUCCAGAAGUAUAUACUGCUUAGUCAUUAUUGUUUCAGUGUGGAUCCCCACAAGAGAACCCACUUAUAUUCUUUUUAGGCUCUUCUUUUUCUUCAUUCCUACAGCUCAAUAGCUACUCAAGUUCUGAUGAUAAUAUAAUACUUUGAGAAUCAUUACUAUAUAAAACCAACCAUUUGAUGCUGUAGAGGGCAUGGUGAAAUAGUGAAUUUUGAUUCUUCUUCAUAAAGAUAGUGUUGGAAUCUUAGGAGACAUUUUAGAAGGAUUAGUACAAAGCGAAAAGAACAUUUGAGUUAUGUUAAGAUGUUUGGAAUCUAACAUUAAGAGACCUCUUAGAAACUUACAAUAAACAUUCAGCAAUUCUUCCUGUGUUCUGGUGAAAAGAGUUCUAGAAUGGGGAGAAGAACUGCUCAUUGAAAUAUGUAUUUCACUAGGGAGACUGGAACUUAAGUGAAAAUGAAUGAUUAGGAUUUUACUUCGAUUUUAGAGUGACCUCUGUGAGCUUUGUAUCUCACCCUUCAAAGGAGUGAUCACAUCCUGGGGAGGGCUAACUUUGAACUUCAAAGAUGAAAUAAAUCUACAAUCCAGGAAACAAGUCACAAGACAGUGGCAUAGCAGAGAUGGAAGAACUUCCUGUACCACAUAACAUCAAAAUAAGCAAUAUUACAUGUGACUCAUUCAAGAUUUCAUGGGAAAUGGAUUCAAAAUCAAAGGACCGUAUUACACACUAUUUCAUUGACCUCAACAAGAAAGAGAAUAAGAACUCCAAUAAAUUUAAACACAAGGAUGUACCAACAAAAUUGGUGGCAAAAGCUGUCCCUUUGCCUAUGACUGUCCGUGGACACUGGUUUUUGAGCCCAAGAACUGAAUAUACAGUAGCAGUGCAGACAGCCUCAAAACAAGUUGAUGGUGAUUAUGUUGUGUCCGAAUGGAGUGAAAUUAUAGAAUUCUGCACAGCAGACUAUUCAAAAGUUCAUCUAACACAACUGUUGGAGAAGGCUGAAGUGAUUGCAGGACGUAUGCUUAAAUUUUCUGUUUUUUAUCGUAACCAGCACAAAGAAUAUUUUGACUAUGUUCGAGAACACCAUGGGAAUGCUAUGCAGCCCUCUGUCAAGGAUAACAGUGGUAGCCAUGGCUCUCCUAUCAGUGGAAAAUUAGAAGGCAUCUUCUUCAGCUGCAGCACUGAAUUCAAUACUGGAAAGCCACCCCAGGAUUCACCUUAUGGAAGAUACAGGUUUGAGAUUGCAGCAGAAAAACUUUUUAACCCCAAUACUAACUUAUACUUUGGGGACUUCUACUGUAUGUACACUGCUUAUCAUUAUGUGAUUCUUGUUAUUGCCCCUGUGGGAUCACCAGGAGAUGAAUUUUGUAAGCAGCGCCUUCCUCAACUAAAUUCCAAGGAUAAUAAAUUUUUGACCUGUACAGAAGAAGAUGGGGUGCUGGUUUACCACCAUGCCCAGGAUGUAAUUUUAGAAGUCAUUUACACUGACCCUGUGGAUCUUUCUCUGGGCACCGUGGCAGAAAUCACUGGUCAUCAGCUCAUGAGUUUAUCUACUGCAAAUGCAAAGAAAGAUCCCAGCUGCAAAACCUGUAAUAUCAGUGUUGGACGUUAAUGCCCACUUUUCUUAACUCAGACCCUUUCCUUCCCUUAGGAGCAUUGAUCCUCUGUUGUCCAUUUUCAUUACCAGAUGUUUUUCACUGAAGCAUGCACAUGCCGCUAUCACCAAAAGCAAACUACCACUUUUCAAAUUUCAUUCAGAACCAUUUUAGUGUUUCCUAUUCCCUACCCUUUCCACUACUUUCGAUGAUGAAAUAGCCUAAGUUCUCCUUUUGACACUUUAUUGCCUAGAUGCUGCAAUGUUUUUAUUUUUCCUAUAUGCCAAACAUAACAAAACAGUUAUAUAGACCGCUUUAGCAAAAUACAAAAUAAUGGCUUAUAAAUGGUGUUUAAAUAUGCAUUCAUUUUAAUCUACUGAACAAAUAUUGGGAUAACUCCAAACCGCAUGAAAGGGUGUAAUUGCAGCAUGAGUUAAAUCUUGAAGCCUAGAAUUGUCAGCACUUCCAACUUGUUGUUUGACAGUGUUAUUUAUGUUAUUUAUAUUAGCUAACAGGAAACAACUACUGUGUUUCAACAUAAUAAAUAUAAUAGAAAAAUAUUUUAUUUGUAUUGUUGUAUAAAAUAUUUACAAUCAUAUAGAAUAUAUAGAGUUACAUUUUAAUAGCAAUUGUAUACAUGUCACGAAACCAUUUCCCUUAUCAAAGAUGUAAUUUGUAAACCUCAAAUAGUUGUGUAUCUGUCCUGUUACAAGUAGAUGACUUCAAUUAAACAAAUUUAUGAAGGACAUUAUUCUGAUUCAUAAAAAUUAUAAAAUGUCAGGUAAAUACAGAGAAAACAAGCCUCUGAAAUAGUCUGCUUCUGAUAUAGUCAGUAUUCUUCCCAUCCAAACUAUAUGAAAAUGUGAAUUUCAACUUUAUGCUUAAACAUUACAGAAAAUAGAAAUACAAACAUGGUUGGUACAUAAGAGAAAAUGUUGACCUUUUACUUGUUUUUACAAAAACCAAAAUAAAAAAUGUGUUUUAAUACAAAAUAAUAUAUACUAAAGUUGAUGAGGCAAAUAAAAUAUUCUGGCUUCUUUUCCAAGGUGUCAUGGCAAACAAUUUUUAAACCUUUCCUUUUGUAUAGAAUGAAGAAUAACCACAGCUCAUGAGAAAGUUUGACUUUACAAAGUAUAGACCUUGGAACAUUAAGAAAAAUGCAUAUUCCCAAUGGAAAAAUAGUUAUAUAAUCUUAUAGUAAACAAAAAGAUUAGCAAUAAUACUAUGGUCACAUUAGAUUAUAUACUGCAGACACAUCUAUCCAAAAUACCUAUUUUAAAAUUUUAAUAUUUUAUUUUAAUAUAAACAUCUGUCAAUUAUAGACAAAGAUAAUAAUUCACAAAGUACAUGCUAUCAGAAUGAACUUUGGUAACCAGAAAUGUAAAAUUUCAAAUAACAGAUAAAAUAAUGUAUUAUUUUUAUAUAGAAAUAAAAAAGUUAGUGACACAUUCUAGGAUAUUUUAGGGUACUAAAAGCCUAGCAGACUUAAGGGACAAGGUAGUAGAGGUUUUUAUCACUUAAGAAUCUAUAAGAAGUUUCAAAUAAGUUACUUUCUUACUAGCCGUAUUCCUUUCUGUAUAACAAGCAGAAUUUCUGUUCCUCCUCUGAUUUUUUUAAAUUAUGGUCUUUUCCAUACAUCAACAUAAACAAUCUUUGGAUUCUAAAACUUUCCCUAACAAGUGGCCCAGCUAUGUUAUUUGGACUUAAUAAAACAUUAGAUGCUUUUGAAAUAAUUAUAUUGACUGAGUUUUCUCCUUGGCAUGGAGGAGGCUGAAGCUUUUUUCCAAUUAUAUGACUACCUGUUAUAUUUUUCCCCCAUUAAAUCCCUUCUCAUUGUUUACAAUUACACUUGCUAUCCUUUCUUAAAAACAGCUAAUGCUACCACUAAAGUGCUUCCAUUUUCGGUAUGUCAAAACUACUUAGCAAGAAUGGCAAAGAAAGUAAAUUUGACUAUCUUGGGUAAAAGUGAUCAUAAACAUUUCCUGAACCUCAGAUAGUUUUGGCCACAUCUUGCUUGCUGAUAAGGACCUCUAAUAGUCUCAGUUUGGCUUUUAUGUGCUUGUAUUCAUAAUAUUCAUCUGCCAUUGGUAUCCUAUCUUCCUUUUGUGGACUUCUGCAAAACAGAAAAUACAGUCUGUUAGUUCA